AUGGGAGGUGCAAUCUCUAAACAAAUACCAACCAGGAAAUUCACCGAAAAAGUAGCGACUAAUGUAAAAUCAAGUGCAUCAGAAACGCGCUCCCAAAUAAAUAAUGAAAGGGAAGCAGAAACAACUGCUCGGCCCUUGGCUAGCAUGACACGUGAUCGAGCUAUUGAAGUUGAUGGAAAAGAUCCACAUUUAUUACAGAAUCUUUCUUCUAUCGAACAAGUAAUGAUGCCAAAAACCAACAUACGAUAUAAACAGUCGAACAAUAUGCGAGUAAUCUUAAACCGCCGAAAAGCAAUCAAAGAACAAGAAGAAAGUGAUGAUACCCAAAUUGGCCGGAAUCGCUUAACAAUCCAGGAUAUUCAUCAAUUGUUCGAAAAUAGAAAAUCGGCCCCUCAAGAAUGGACAAUAGAGAUAUUAGCCACACACUAUAAUUUAGAGCCGUCCACGGUACAAACAUUGUUAAAACAUGUAAACACAGUUGAAGGUGUCUGGGUUGAUGAUCUGGCAAAAGUCAAGUACCAAAGAAAGUCAAAUCAACGCCCUGAUGCUGCUCCCAUUAAUUAA